UCAAGUAUCAGAAACUCAAGUUGUCAGUAAAAUACAGAGAGUUUACAGAGAGAGAGAGAGAGAGAGAGAUGGAGAAGAACAUUAAGUUUCCAGUUAUAAACUUGUCUAAGCUCAAUGGUGAAGAGAGAGACCAAACCAUGGCUUUGAUCGACGAUGCUUGUCAAAACUGGGGCUUCUUUGAGCUGGUGAACCAUGGACUACCAUAUGAUCUAAUGGACAACGUUGAGAGGAUGACAAAGGAACACUACAAGAAACAUAUGGAACAAAAGUUCAAAGAAAUGCUUCGAUCCAAAGGUUUAGAUACUCUUGAGACCGAAGUCGAAGAUGUUGAUUGGGAAAGCACUUUCUACCUCCGUCAUCUCCCUCAAUCUAAUCUCUACGACAUCCCUGAUAUGUCAAACGAAUACAGAACGGCGAUGAAGGACUUUGGGAAGAGGGUGGAGAAUCUAGCAGAAGAGCUGUUGGAUUUGUUGUGUGAGAAUCUUGGAUUGGAGAAAGGGUACUUGAAGAAGGUGUUUCAUGGGACAAAGGGUCCAACUUUUGGGACAAAGGUUAGCAACUAUCCACCAUGUCCUAAACCAGAGAUGAUCAAAGGGCUUAGGGCUCACACGGAUGCAGGAGGCCUCAUUUUGCUAUUUCAAGAUGAUAAGGUCAGUGGUCUCCAGCUUCUCAAAGACAAUGAUUGGCUUGAUGUUCCUCCUCUCAAGCAUUCCAUUGUCAUCAACCUUGGUGACCAACUUGAGGUGAUAACAAACGGGAAGUACAAGAGUGUAAUGCACCGUGUGAUGACACAAAAAGAAGGAAACAGGAUGUCUAUCGCGUCGUUCUACAACCCAGGAAGCGAUGCCGAGAUCUCUCCUGCACCAUCUCUUGUGGUGGAUGACAAAGACUCAAAGUACCCGAGCUUUGUGUUUGACGACUACAUGAAACUCUAUGCGGGACUCAAGUUUCAGCCCAAGGAACCAAGGUUCGAGGCGAUGAAGAAUGCUGCAGUAGCCGCGGAGUUAAAUCCCGUGGCAGCCGUCGAAACAUUCUGAACUGGAUGUGGGAUACUCUUAUGAAGGCUACAAAGAUAUGAAGAUAACAAAAAUAUGGGUUUGAUAUGGUGUGGUAUUAGUAAUUUCAAUAAGUGAAAAAGAGUGUUUAAGGAUUGAUAAUGUUAGUAAAAUCUAGUGUGUGUUAACUAACCAUUAAGCAAGCGUGGGAGUGCUUUUUUUUGUAUGCAAUAAUUGUGUGGUUUAAAUAUCGAAGAUGAAUGAAACUAAGAGGGUUACAUACA